GGGCGCGAGGUAUCAUGGAGGAUCAGUAGGCAAACUGUGGCUAUCAGAGGAGAGCAGCUGCCGCUCCGGUCCCCGGGAGUUUCUCAACUGUUCACCGCCCGCUGCCCGUUAAACCGCCACCGACCAAGUAUUUCAAAAUGGACAUGAAGAAGAGGAUCACUUUAGAGCUGCGGAACCGGAGCCCGUCGGAGAUAGCAGAGCUGGUGGUUGACAACAGUCGCUCUGCAGACGGCGAGGUCGAAGGUCUGACGGACGCCUUCACGGAGCUGGAGUUCCUCAGUAUGGUCAACGUGGGUCUGAGCUCGCUGGCCAAACUGCCCUCACUGCCCAAACUACGCAAGUUGGAGCUGAGCGACAACAACCUGUCUGGCUCUCUGGAGACCCUGUCGGAGAAAUGUCCCAACCUGAUGUACCUCAACCUGAGCGGGAACAAGAUCAAGGAGCUGAGCAACGUGGAGGCGCUGCAAAACCUGAAGAGCCUGCAGAGUCUGGACCUGUUCAACUGUGAGAUCACGUCCCUGGAGGACUACAGGGAGAGCGUGUUCGAGCUGCUGCCUCAGGUCACCUACCUGGACGGCUUCGACCAGGAGGACAACGAGGCCCCCGACUCCGAGGCCGACGACGAAGACGAGGACGGCGAGGAUGCGGUGGGGCACACCGGAGACUACGACGAGGAGGACGAUGAAGAGGAGGAUGAGGACGGCUCAGAGGGAGGAGAGGUGGGGCUGAGCUUUCAAGGGAAACGGGGCGACCAGGAGGACGACGAGGAUGAGGACGACUAUGCAGAGGAGGAGGAGGAAGAGGAACAGCCGGGCGUUCAAGGAGAGAAGAGGAAGAGAGCCGUGGAAGACGAAGGCGAGGACGACGACGAGGACGACGACGAAGACGACUAGUCCUCCGGCUGCUGGUCGUCUGUGUGUCGUCCUGUCCCGUUUCUGUCCUCCGCCGCCGCCCACCUCCGGACCCGACCUCCGCCAGACGACGACAACCGCAACGGGGACAGCAGCGACAGGAACAGUGUGACCGAGAUAGUUUCCGUUUGUAGAAUCUCACGUCUUUAUUUUUAGAUAAUAUAUAAGAGUACAGAUUUUAUCAGAACCUGCAGGUUCCACACGCCUCCCUUUAAAACCUGGUUCAGGAUCAGCCUGUCUGUCCGGUAAGUCGCCUCCUCUCCACGUCCUGAACUCUAAUCCUGAACGUCUCGCUGCGUGACUGAACCAGCUGAGACCAAAGCGAACACCCAGUCCUGCAGCGGGCGGGCGGACUUCCUGUUAGCACAAAGGUGUGAAACCCAGAAUGAUGUCACUUCCUCGCCGCCACCGGACCGGAUUUUUGGCGGGGUUUUUUGUCUCCGAUGUGGGCCGCGGCUCCGGCUCGUAUCAAGCUGUCGACGGUCGAAGCGCAGCAGGUGUCAUUUCCACUUCAGGGACCGGGGACCCGUCUGUCCCAGCUGCUGAAGUACAUGAGCUCACAGCUGCUAGAACUGCUGAAGUCCAGAUUCCGGUGCUGCCCGUGUGUGUGAGUUCCCAGUCCUGUGAUCCAGCUCUGAGAUCAGCUGGAGUUCGUGAACCGUGACAGCGGUCUGGGACAGAAACCUGACCAGGUCCGGGGUUCCCGUUUGCUUUCUACGAGCUGGAGCUGCUUCCCGUCGCUCACAGCUUCCUGUCUGCCAGCCGAGCUCCAGAACCACCAAAGUCCAGAGCCGGUCUGAGCCGCACCAACGUGGAGUUCCCCGGCGUGAGAAGCGGAAACCUCGCCUAGCUUUACCUUCAGCGGCAGCGUUCUCAGGAGGCCGGUCUCGUCUCGCGGGCCACAUCCAGUCUGAUCCACGCCUUUAAAAAGGAACCAGAACCCGGUUCUUUGUGCAGCCAUAUCUCUGCUCUAACAGGAGAGCCAAUCAGGGACGUUUCUGUUCAGGAUCCUGUUCAGUCUGAACCCUUUAGUCCGACAGACCGGGAAGCGUAGUGAUCACACUCUGCUGUCUCCGCCCGUCACACGUUUAAAACACGCCGACCUGCUGUAGAGAAGCUGAUACCGAAAUAUUCUGUGUGUGUGUGUGUGUGUUUGAUUUAUUGUAGGGCUGUUCCAGGGCGGGCGGGACAAAAUAUUAGUUCUGAUGUGUUUGUUUUUUCGAGUUGACAGCGACCCGUUUCUCUUCUUUCUGUUUUUGUCCCUGCUGUUGAUGUUUUUAGUUUGAUGUGAAACAGAGCGGCUCGUCCUCAAACUGCCCGUCACACUUCAGGCUCCGCCUCCUCCUCGAAAGCCCCAGGUCCUCCAACUGAACCUGCGGCACCUCCUCAAAGGAAACCGUUUGCCUCCGCUUAAAGCUGUGGUGCGUUCAGGUGCUCCUCGAGUCAGUUUACCAGCAGGUAGAAAAUUCAAAGUUGGUAAAGAUCACCUGAACGCAGCGCUACAGUGACAGGUGUGCAGUGGAUUAUGGGAAACCGAGGCUUGUUGAUUUUGUUGUGAGGAGGCGGAGCCUGAAACGGGACACACCUGUCGUGUCUGAUUCAGGUGUCACUGCUCUGCGUGGGAUUCUGCAGCCUCGCGAGCAGCAGCUUUUUACUGUCUGUAGCUGAAACGGGAGCCGACCUCACAGGGAACGUAAUUAAUAUUAUAAAUAAUCUACUGACUUGAUCGUGAUCGACGUUUAUUUCCUCUCCCGGUGAGUCGCGUUUGUUCCUGAUGAAGCGGCAGAACUUUGGACUAAACUGCUGUAAACUUUUAGCUUUUCUCUCGUUCACGCUCUUAAAUCUGGUCACCUGUUCACGGCGGGCGUCAGCUGACGCGAGGCGGCACGUUUGAUCACGGCUUUAGAGAUCACGCUAACUCUGAGGGGAGAAACUUAAAAUCAGAAGCAUCUUAUUUAGCUCCUCGUUGAGUGGUGGUGUUUUUAAAGAGUGUAGAGGUCAAAGGUCGCGUCCGUCAGACCUGCUGAGGUCAGUUUUAACUCUGGUUUUUAAGGCAAUAUUGUAAAUAGACUCGGCUCAGUUUCAGGUUUUUAUUUUUUAACGAAUGAAAUAAUUUUACAGAUGUUUUUUUUUUCUGCAGCGAGGUGAUAGUUGACCCCCCAUGUCUUUGACCUUUGACCCCCAGCUGUUAUUUUCCCUCCAUCAUCCCGUCUGUGGGGGAAAAACUGUGUUUGACUUUCUGUGUGAUGUAACGAAAAACAUAUUGAGGGGUUUUGAAUAAAAAACAAAUAAUAAUAAAAGGA